AUGGCAAAUGCGCAAGACCAGAUCCCUCGACAUUUGCGCAGGCCGGGAGACGAUGGCUACCGGACUCCUAUGAUCGAGGAUACCGAGAGAUAUUUAACUAUAUCCAGCUACUUCCCACCAGUCAACAGCAGCGACGACGCCUUAUCCUACCAUAAUCUGGAACUGUAUCGUCACCAGAGCGUCGGCGAAGCUCACGUAUCUGCUCUAGAACGCGUAAACUCUCUCGCUCUCCGCCCUAACUGGAGCCGUAGUAGUGCUGCAAAUAAUGGAGAUCUCAAUCCUUCUUCGAAGGAAAAUGGAGAGCCUGUGAAACUUGGCUUCAAACAGCGCAUUCGCCAUAUGACAUGGGUCUACUUUACCUUAACCAUGGCAACUGGGGGCAUUGCCAAUGUCUUGUAUAACAUUCCUGAGCCGUUUCGGUUCAAUGGCCUUGAUGCCAUCGGCAUUGUGAUCUUUCUGCUCAACAUUGCCUUGUAUAUCAUGAUUUGGGGCUUGUUGCUCAUAAGAUUUAUAUGCUUUCCGUACACUUUCAAGGCCUCCUUUCUCCAUCCGACUGAGUCCUUGUUUGUACCUGCAACAGUAGUGUCUUUUGGGACAAUAUUAAUCAAUAUAUCACAAUACGGACCGGACAGGACAGGACCCUGGCUGCUACAUGCAGUAAACGUCCUCUUCUGGUUUGACUUUACUCUAGCGUUCUGCCUGUCUGCAGGAGUAUACCUCCUCUUGUGGUCUACUCAAACAUUUACAAUUGCUCAAAUGACUCCGAUCUGGAUCUUCCCAGCGUAUCCGAUGUUGAUCGUCGGACCUCAUGCCGGAGUCCUCAGUGCACAGUUAAGCCCCCGCCAGUCAUUCUAUAUCAUUCUAGGCGGCUUCACCAUCCAAGGAGUUGGCUUUCUGGUAUCGCUCAUGGUGUAUUCCGCUUUUAUAUACCGACUCAUGACACAGAAACUCCCCAAGGAGAAUAUCCGACCAGGUAUGUUCGUGUCCGUUGGACCCAGUGCGUUCACUGCUGCAGGCACUGUCAACAUGGCCGCCAACGCCGAAAGAGUGUUUCCCUCCGACCUAUUCGGAAACGGACCUCUGGUCGCAAUGAUUGUCCAAGUUGUUGCCAACUUCUCUUGUCUCUGGCUAUGGGGUCUGGCCAUCUUUUGGUUCUUCAUCGCCACGUCCGCACACAUCCUACCCGUCAUGCAGGGUGGCCGCAUGGUGUUUUCAAUGACCUGGUUCUCCUUCGUCUUCCCCAACACGGCAUUGAUUACAGCCACAUUCGCUAUUGGCAAGGUAUUCUCAUGUAGACCGAUAGAAAUCGCCGGCUUGGUGAUGACCGUCUUGCUGAUUAUAGUGUAUAUUUUCGUUGUCUAUAUGAUGAUUCGAGCUAUCGUGUUGCACCACAUCCUUUGGCCACAGAAGGGCGAGGAUAAGGAUGAAGGUGGCUUUCGGAUUGCAGAGAUCAAACCUAAGUCACCUCGACGAGGGCCGAGUCCUGUGUGA